GGUAAAGCUGCAGCUCUUUACUCUUCAAAAGUCUUCAGUAGCCUACGUACACAUCGUAAGAGCAAAAGCACCGGGACACCCGAUCUACGGGGUUCUUCAAAACCAGCUCCAUGAAGAUCUUCCUGUGGCGGAAUUGAAUGGCACACAAAUCUCCACGAAGUCUAGAACAUUGAAAGACGAAAUGGGAUUCGGUCUCGUCUUCCAGUCGCUCGUCUGCUUCUCUCACCUGUGGGGAUUCGCGACGUGUCUGCAUAGGAUGAACGGUAGUAACUGGGAAUGUUUAAGCGAUUACCUCUACACCAUCACUUGUGAGUUGAACCUGACCUCCGAGCCACAUCAUCAUGAUGCCCUCUACUGGCUGGAAUUCUAUGAUGAAAGCAACAAUUUUGAGUGUGUGUUAACGUCACACACCUACACUUGGGUGUGUGUGCUGAACCUGUCCACACGGGUUCAACACACGUUCAUGGACGUGGACAUGUUCCGGAUCUCGCUUAAGUACAGUCACCAUGACAACAGCACAUCUAAGGUGCUGUGGGAAGACUACAGGCCAAUCAAUAACAUUCAGCCGGUUCCUCCAUCAAACCUGACGUUGCUAUGGAAACCAGACGAGGCAGUUUUCCAGUGGCUCAGCGGCUACAGUGCAAACAUAAUGCUUGUCCCGUUCCUCAAGUACCAACUCCGCAUCCAACAGAAAGACAAGGUGGUCGAUGUGGACUCCGUCGUGUCCACCAGCGUGUCGGUGCCAACGUCCACCUUCACGCCCAACGCUAAGUACACGGCGAAAGUGCGCUCGGUGCCUCAGGAACCUUACCACGGCGUUUGGAGUCACUGGGGUCCCGCCGUUUACUGGACCACCGGACCAUCUGACACAGAAACUCCAGAUAUGGAUUUCAGGAUACUCUUGUUGGCUUUGCUCGUAUUGCCGGUGAUAUGGUUUUGCCACUUUUCAUACACCAGGUUGAAAAAGUGCACACUCCACCCGAGUCCUGUUCCUCAUAUCGGAGACUUCAAAUGUUCGGCUGUGCUGCCGGAGAAAGUGGGUGAGCUGCUCCACAGAGAGGAGUCUCUACAGAUUGACAGCUUGACCGAAGAUCCGACUUCCACCCAGCACCAGACGAGUCACGCUGAAGAAAGCUCAGGUCACACCUCCUCGACUGGCUCUCCAAGCACGCUUCAGACGUCAGGGGGUUCAAAGGUCAGCCUCAGUAGCUGGAUGCAGAUGUUGAUCUCGGCGGAGAAGGGAAGCGUUACGUACAGCAACGACUAUUGUACGCUCUCACACACCAUGAGCGAACACGCAAUUAACACACACAGGAGCUAAACAGGGGACACACACACAUUCUUAACAACCGCGGGCAAGCAGGAAAUGCUAACACACACACACACACACACACACACACACACACACACAAACAGGUAGUAAUUCUGAUCAACCCUGGCCGCUCCAGAAGGAAUAAUUUCCUGAACAUUCUCACCCACUGAAAAGAACUGUGAAAGGAAUUUCAGACAAUCAAAUUCCUAGAGGAAUUCCUAACGAUCCCACCUGUUCCUAAAGUCAUUUGGGACAAUCUGGCUUUCUCUAUAGACAUUUUGGAAUAAUCCAGACUUUCCAAAUCUGGACCACUGUCAAAACUGAAAAAUCAGCAUCCUCUCAAAAGAACAAAACAAAAAAACCCACCUCAUCAAUUGUUCAAAGAGCUGUGGACGGGAAUUCUGGAUCAUUGCUUCACUUUCAAAGCAAUUCCGAACUAUCCCACAUACUUCCAUUGGAAUUCUUAACAAUCCCACCUGUUUAUCAAGUAAUUUUGGACCAUCCGGCCUGCUCACCCUCAAAGACACAAUCCAGACCAGUGCCAAAAUAAAAUUCUGACCAAUCGCUCCAAUUCCCAAGGAAUUCCAAACCAUCCCAACCUCUCCCAAAGGACUUCCUAACAAUCCCACCUGUUGCUCAAGUAAUUCUUGACAAUCCCGGCCGCCCGCUCUCAUAGAUAUAAUCGAGACCUCCCAAUCCAGACCACUCCCAAGUAAUUCAGACCAAUCAUUAAUAUUCCUAUUCCGAACCAUCCCACCUGUUUGCAAAAGAAUUCCAAACAAUUCCACCAAAGUAAUUUCAGACAGUCCAGGCUGCUCACUCUGAAAGACCUCCCAAUCCCAAAAGUGAUUCGGACCAAACUGCUCCAAAAAGGAAUCCCGACACAUCCCACCCACUCCCAAAGGAAUUUGAACUCCCUUUUUUGCAUGUACAUAUUUCUGUUGUAACGAAAACGAAACCCAGCGCGAUCGGAAUACAGCAUUUGCCGAACACGAACGAACAGAAUGACGUUGUUCCCGAGAGACUCGGAUUAAAACCGGCUCAACUGCUAAGUUGUGUAUAAGCUUUGUUUAAGGGCAUCCGGGAAACACUGUAAAUAUAAAUGUAAAUAAAACUCCACUUCGUAGCACCAACAUGGAGGUCAAAUUCCAUGUUUUUUGGAAGUCUAACAAAAAGUCGUCUAGCGUGAAGAGACGGUAUCAUCAUUUUCCAUCUAGCGUACGCUGCUUUGCUAAUAGUCGUAGCUUGGAAUUUCGCCGGGCAGAAAAUCGGUGUAAUCUGUUAUUGCCAAAAGUAUUGGGACACCUGCCUUUUCCCACCACCCAUAUACGUGCAUCUUCACCUUUGGAGGUGGAGUAAAAUCGAUUAGAACGAGGAGACCCAAACCUGUUCCAGCUUCGUGAAGAUCUGCUUUCCAUGUGGUCGGAAGAUGGAGCCUCAGUACCGGACUUUCUUUUCCAACGCUCCACAAAUCUCCAAAAAAAUCUAGUGGAACUUCUUCCCAGAAGAAUGAAGCUCAUCAAGCAACUAAGGAUUUUGAUAAUCGAUUAAUCAAGACGAUUAUUUUUCUUUUUCCGAUUAUUCGGAUAAAAACGAUGCUAUUUUUAUGAGAUGUUUCGCUUAUUAGAACUGUAUAAAACUUUUAAUGGGGGUAUUGGUGCAUAAAAGUGUACUUCAAAAAAAAUAUGCAAAAGUCACGUGUUGAUUUUUAUCUUUAAUUUAGAGAUUUUAAAGCUUGUAGUAGCUGCUUAUUGAGGAGUCAAAUGGGGGAUUUCACCUUUGAAUAAAUUCCCCCCCAUGCUGAAUUGUUCCUUUCUGUAAAAAAAUUAUAAUAAACAUCGUUUGAGUAUAAAAAGUGAAGCAAUUUGUGUCGAUCCCAAACCUUUCUACUUCUGCUUUCCUGCACUUCCUCAUUCCACCACUAGGUCUCGGUCUUCAUUUCUAUUUCUAUCUGUCUCCCUGAUCACUUCUGCAGUAGUUCCACAAUCAUCCAGCACCUUUUCCUCC